CAUCCCAUCGCUCGUCCCGGCUCCCACCCUCGUCACUCAGAACCGCACCGUCACUCGUUCCUUCACAUACCCGCCGCCAUGGCACCGCCCACGCCGGCAAAGGCCGGCAAGCAGACGACGCUGUUCAGCAUGUGGAAGGCGAAGCCGGCGCCCGGCCCUGCGCCCGCUGCGCCGCGCGUGUCGGCAUCCGCUCCUGCGACUGCUGCCGCCGCUCCCGCCGCCUCGUCGUCCAGCAAGUCGCCGCCCACCGACAAGGGCGCCAUGAGACCGCCGCCGGCCCAGACGCCCCUGCGCAAGUCCCGCCCCGCGACAGUCGCCGCGCCGCCGGCCGACACGCAGACGCCUCCUCCCACCGUACGUCGCCCGGGCCAGGCUGCGGCGUCUCGCGGUGCCAAGCGCGUCCUGGUCGCAAGCGAUGAUGAGGAGCAAGACGCGGACCAGGAGGAUGAGGCCGAGACGCGUGCCAGUGCAUCGCGGCCCACGGCGAAGAAGGCGGCCAAGGUGGUGCGCCCGGCGGCUGUCUCUGCAUCCGCGAGCGGCGAGCCGACGCCGCCGGCGAGCUCGCCGCUGGUGCCAGAUGCUGCUCAAGACUCCGAGUCAAGUGCGAGCCGGCAGCCAACUGCCGCUGCUUCCUCGUCUCGUGCAGCCAGAUCAGUUCAAGCUUCGGAUGACGAGGACGAGGCUGUGGUGCCUCUGCGGCGACGCGCAACUCUGAAGCGUCCCGCGUACUUCGAGUCUGAUGCCGAGAGCGCCUCUGCUGCAACGGCCGAGAGCGACUCGGACGACGCAUUCGCGCCCGUCUCCGCCAGCAAGGCCAACGGCCGCGGCAAGGCCGGACCCGCCGCGAAGAAGGCGCGCGGCCGAGCCGAUGACGACUGGCUGGUCGACGACGACGACAGCGAGAGUGCCGCCUUGACUGACGCCAGUGCGAUGGACGUCGACACGGAAGCCGAAGCUGGACCGAGCCGCGCUGCACCCAAGAAGAAGGCUCCUGCGCGCCGCGUGGUCGAGGACACGGACGGCGAAGGCGCCUCGGGCAGCCGUCUUGCAUCCUUCAAGAUGGGCGCUGCGCCCGCUGGCCGCAGCAGCGGCAGCCCGCCGAGCCGCGACGUGCCCGCCAGCAAGCCGCGCACGCAGAGCCUGGCGCACCUCACCAAGGCCGAGCGCCGCGCCGUCGAGGAGCGCCAGAAGAAGACGGCCAACGAGGUCGCGUACAGCUUCCUGCAGGACCUGCGCGACAAGGACGGCAACCGGCCCGGCGAGCCCGAGUACGACCCGCGCACGCUCUACGUGCCCAAGAGCGCCUGGAAGGGCUUCACGCCGUUCGAGGUGCAGUUCUGGGAGAUCAAGCAGAAGCACUGGGACACGGUGCUCUUCUUCCAGAAGGGCAAAUUCUACGAGCUGUACGAGGAGGACGCGCUCAUCGGGCACCGCGAGUUCGACCUCAAGCUGACGGACCGCGUCAAGAUGAAGAUGGUCGGCGUGCCCGAGUCGUCGUUCGAAAUGUUCGCCAACAAGUUCCUCGCGCUCGGCUACAAGGUCGGCCGCGUCGACCAGUGCGAGACGGCGGUGGCCAAGGGCAUGCGCGUCGGCGAGAAGACGCGCGGCGGCGGCAGCGAGAUCGUGCGCCGCGAGCUGCGCCACGUGCUCACCGGCGGCACCAUCGUCGACGCCUCGUGCCUGCCCGACGACAUGAGCAGCUACUGCGUCUCGAUCAAGGAGAUGUUCCUCGGUGCGCUCAACGGCGACGCGGGCUCGGAGACGGCCGCCGCCGUGCCGACCUUUGGCGUGUGCAUCCUCGACGCCGCCACGGCCGAGUUCCGCCUGACGCAUUUCGACGACGACGCCAGCCGCACGCGCCUCGAGACGCUCCUGCGCAGCCUGCGCAUCAAGGAGCUGAUGCACGAGAAGGCCGGCCUCUCGCAGCGCACCAUGCGCGUGCUGCGCAACACGGUGCCGCUCAGCUGCCAGACGACGAUGCUCAAGGCCGGCUCGGAGUUCCUGGACCUGCACGGCGCACGGCGCAAGCUCGACGCGCUCUUUGCGCCGGGCGAGGAGACCACCGAGGCCUCCGUCUUUCCCGCGGCGAUCCAGAAGAUGCUCGACAAGCCAGCAGCCAUGUCGGCGCUGGGCGGCAUGCUCUGGUACCUCGAGCAGCUCAACCUCGACGCCGACCUGGUCUCGAGCCGCAACUUCGACGUCUUUGACCCGCUGCGCCAGGACGCGUGCCUGGUGCUCGACGCCCAGUCGCUCACGCACCUCAAUGUGCUCUCGAAUGAGCAGGGCGACGACGAGGGCACGCUGCACCGUUUGCUGAACCGCUGCAUCACGCCGUUCGGCAAGCGUCUCUUCAAGAUCUGGCUCGUCGCGCCGCUCGCCGCGCGCGCUCCGCUCGAGGCGCGUCAUGACGCCGUGGACGCCUUCCUGACGAACCCGACGUUCGAGGACGAGUUCGACGGCUUUGCACGCAGCCUGCCCGACAUCGAGCGUAUCAUGCCGCGCAUCUACGCCGGCAAGUGCAAGCCAGCCGACUUCACGCGCACGCUCAAGGCGCUCACGCGCAUCGACCCGGCCGUCGAGCGCCUGCUCGAGCUUGCGCACGACUUCGCCACGCCCGUCGUCGGCGACCUGCUGCGUUCCAUUCCUGCCGUGGCCAAGCGCUCCUCUCGUCUGCAGAGCAUGUUCACCGUGCAGGAAGAUGGCGCCUUCUCGCCGCGCCGCAACGUGCACCAGGACUACGAUGCGGCCGACGACGCGAUCGCGAAGAUCGAGCGUGAUCUGGAGAACGAGCUCGCCAAGGCAGCCAAGGCCGUCGGCCUCGAGAAGCGCCAGGUCAAGUGGAAGCACAUCGGCACCAAGGAGAUCUACCAGGUCGAGGUGCCAAUCAAGACGCGCGUGCCCAACGACUGGGCGCUCAUGUCGCAGGUGAAGGACUACAAGCGCUACUACUCGCCGGCCGUGCGCGACCUGGUGCAGCAGCUCAAGGAGGCGCGCGAGACGCGCCUCGCCGCGCUCAAGGAGUUCCACGCGCAGCUCUUUGUCGAGUUCUCCGACGACGGCCCGCUCUUCCUGCGCGCAGUCAAGGGCCUGGCAGAGCUCGACUGCCUGCUCAGCCUCGCCAAGGCAUCGUACGCCAUGGGCGAGCCUACGUGCCGCCCCGAAUUUGUGGACUGCGAGACUGCGCUCGUGGACUUCGAGGAGCUGCGCCACCCGUGCAUGGCCACGGCCUCGGGUGCCGACUUCAUCGCCAACAACGUGGCGCUCGGCGGCGAGCACGACGAGGUCGUCAUCCUCACUGGCGGCAACAUGGCGGGCAAGUCGACGACGGCCCGCACCACGGCCACCGCGGUCAUCCUGGCGCAGAUGGGCUGCCGCGUGCCGGCCACGCGUGCGCGCAUCUCGCCCGUCGACCGCAUCGCGAGCCGCAUGGGUGCCAACGACCAGAUCUUCCGUAACAACAGCACCUUCAUGGUCGAGAUGCUGGAGGCGUCCCGCAUCAUCCGCGAGUGCACGCCUCGCUCUCUGGUCAUCAUGGAUGAGCUCGGCCGCGGCACCUCGACGUUCGACGGCACCUCGAUCGCCUUUGCGGUGCUGCACCACCUCGUGGGCCGCACGCGCUGCCUCUCCUUCUUCCUCACGCACUAUACCUCGCUGGCGUUCGACUUUGCCUCGUACCCGCGCGUCAGCAACAAGCACAUGCAGGUGCUCGUCGACGAUGCCAAGCGCGAGGUCGUGUUCACCUACCGCCUUGUGCCGGGCAUCGCCGAGUCGUCGUACGGCACGCAGGUCGCGGCGCUCGCCGGCGUGCCGCUGUCGAUCUGUGACCGCGCGCAGAGCGUGUCUAAGGAGUUCAUGCUGGCGAGCAAGGAGCACCAGGCGCAGCGUGCGCAGUCGCGCGUGCCCAUGUCGACGCUGGCAGACUUUGCGCACCUCUUCAAGUGUGCAAGCGCCAAGCGUGGCCCGCAGCCGGGCGCCGGAGAUGAGGAGGCCGAGGCCGCCGAGGCCGCACGCACGGCCAAGAUCGUCAGCCAGCUCGAGGUGAUCAAGGCACAGAUCGGCACGCUGGGCCUGCAGACGGAGCACGACGCCUCGAUGAGCAACCCCAUCUUGGUCCCCGCACAAGCCUCGCAGACACCACAGACUAAGCGGCCCGCAGCACGGCAGGCCAGCUACGGCGGACAGGCGGCCAAACGGCAGCGCAUCGUCUCCUCGCCGGCUUCAGCAGGCAGCACCACGCCCGGCGGUCGGCGUAGCCCGCGCAGACACGGCAUCUCGAGCAGCGAUGUGCCCAGCAGCCCCUCGCGCGCCAGCGCUCGUCUCGAGAUCAGCUCGCCAGCGACGUCAGUUGACAGCGCGGCGCGAGACUCGCCGCCGCCCUCGCCGUCCCUCAAGGGCCGUUCGUCCGCCCUGUCCAGCCGUGCACUGCAGCCUCUGCGGCCCAAGCAGCCGGAGCAGAUGGUGCUCGACCUCGGCCAGAGCAUCCGCACGACGUGCCGCGAGUGCGAGAUGUCGUACGACCGCUCCGACACACAGGAUGCGGCGCUGCACGCAAAGCACCACGAGCGCAUGACGCGCGGCGUCGAGUGGAGCAACCGCAGCCUCCUCGCCGCCGGCACCGAGGUCGCCACCAAGACGCUGCGCGCGCCGCUGGUCAAGCGCCUGCGCGGCAAGACGGCCGAGGUGCUGGGCGACGACGAGGUGCACAUCCUCUCGUACUCGCUCGGAGGCACCGAUGCGAUGGUUGCGCGCAAGCUGGCCGAGGUGGCUCGCAACAUCGACGACGCCCUCGGCGCUGCGCCGCUCGACGAGGUCACGCAGCGCUCGUGCAAGGUGCUGGUGGCCGUCAGCUCGACGCGCGGCGGCCGCGUGCUGGCAGCUGCCGUCGUGGGGCGCACCAAGGCCGGUGCCGCGCGCCGGGUGCUGUCUGCGAGCGAGCGCGACGAGGAUGCCUCUGCCAGCACCACACGUCUCGACGACGGCGGCGACGCCAUCUUCGUCUCUGCGCCGCUGUCCGCCGAGCAGACGCCGCCGCUCGCAGUGCACCGCAUCCACGUGCUGCCUAUCGCUCGGCGUGCGGGCCUCGGCAUCGCCCUGCUCGACGCUGCGCUGAGCACCGCCGUCUACGGCCUGUCUGCUGCGGCUCUGGAGCAGCAGUAUGGCCACCGCGCCUGCGCCACGGCCUUCAGCCAGCCGACGGAGGCUGGCCGGCGUCUCGCUGAGGCCUGGAUUGCCAAAGGCGCAUCCUUGGACGCCGCCAAGCCCCGCCUGCUCGUCUUUGGCGACUGAGGGCGCCUUCUCCCAUCCAUUCCUGCACCAUGUACCACCAUCUCUGGACUCUUAUGACAACACAAUGCAUACUCACCG